CUUCACCUUUAAAGUAGUCCAGCUGCAUCUGUGACGUCACCGCUAUUCAAAUGGUGCUGCCUGGCAAACCCUCGGUAUCAGUCAGGAAGUUGUCCUCUGUGAGUCUGGAUUUCGACCAGCAGAAACAGCGACAUAACCAGAUGUAUACACAUUAAAACACAGUUUAAAACACAGUUUAAAGUUUUGCAGCGUCAUCUCUCAGCAGUGACAGGUUUUACGUGAGACCUGCGAGAAUCUCGCAGCAGUAUUUGACGGCGGCGGUUUUUCUCGGUACACCGGAACGAUGUUUCCAAGAACUACUGCUUUGAAAACUCGAGACUCGGAGGAACCGACCUCUCGGAUUUAAACAAUCACGGACAAGUACACGAUUUAACUCAACCGAGAUAGUCAUGGAGAAUGUUCAUGCCAGGUUCAACUCUCUCUCUGCGGUCUUCUGUCUAAUCUUUACUUAGUACCGAGUUUUUAUACACGAUAUUAAAUAGUAAAAUUCCUUACGGACCGGAAAAUCAGUGUUGAGUGUGAUCGACAGUGUGGAAGACUCUCUGGAAGUUUCCUCUUUUUAAAGUAUCACAAACCGGGGAUUUCAGUUUUGUUUUAAAUCUCGGAGCUCCAUGUCUGCUGAAUAACAAUUCUCAAUGGAUUUUUUGACUACAGCCAGCGUUCACACGCCCGACCCCAUCACACCACGGGGAAGAACAGAGCUGUGGCAAGUAUCUGGAUGAAAUACCAGGCUGUGCAUCAGUUUGGAACCAUCAGAAAUGAUUGUGGUGGAGGACGAGGACAGCGAUUUGAAACGGCGAUCGCAGCAACGCCAUCAUAACCUGCGAGUGGUCCAAGAUCCAAUCACACAUGCUCAGGAGAAGGCUAACUCGCCCAUGCUGCCUGGAGAUUUUGGCAAGAUGCACUUGACGGAUCACCCACAUCCGCCCGUGAUGCCAGUACCGCCCAGCCAAUCAGGAUGCAGCAUCGGCAGUGAUUCAGCGAGCAGUAGCUUAUCAGAUAUCUACCAUGCCACAGAGAGUGAAGUUGGUGACCUGGAUUUGUCCGGGCUCCCAGAGGCACCUGUGGAUUCAGAUGAUGAGUAUGAGGAAGAUGAAGACCUUGAGAAUGCCUCAGAUAAUAUACUUGGCCGAGAUGUGGUGAGAGAGUGUCUGGAGAAGGAGCCAGCCGAGCGCAAUGAUGAUGACAUCGAGCUGCUCCUAGAGUUCAUGCAUCAGCUGCCGGCAUUUGCCAACAUGACCAUGUCAGUGAGGAGGGAGCUGUGUACAGUCAUGGUCUUUGAGGUUGUAGAACAUGCCGGCACCAUCAUCCUGCAUGACAAACAGGAGUUGAACCUGUGGUAUGUCAUCCUGAAUGGCGCAGUAGAGAUAAGUUACGGAGACGGCCGAACCGAAAUCCUCUGCAUGGGGAACAGCUUUGGAAUCUCUGCCUCCUUGGUGAAGCAGUGUAUGAAUGGAGAGGUGCGCACAAAAGGGGACGACUGUCAGUUGGUGUGCAUCGCCCAGGAGGACUACUGGCGCAUCCUCAACCAUGUGGAGAAGAACAUGCACAAGGUGGAGGAAGAAGGUGAGAUUGUCAUGGUAAAGGAGCAUCGUGAGCUGGAUCGCAGCGGAACGCGCAAGGGCCACAUCGUCAUCAAGGGAACUCCAGAGAGGUUGAUCAUGCACUUGGUGGAAGAGCCUUCAGUAGUGGAUCCGACCUACAUUGAAGAUUUCCUCCUCACCUACCGCACGUUCCUUUCCAGCCCCAUGGAAGUGGGCAAUAAGUUACUAGAGUGGUUCAAAAUGGACAAUCUGAGAGACCCGGUCACACGGAUAGUGCUGUUAUGGGUGAACAAUCAUUUUAAUGAUUUUGAAGGAAACCCUUCAAUGACACAGUUUCUAGAGGACUUUGAGAAGUUGCUGGAUGAAGCGAAAAUGAACGGUCAUUUGCGUCUGCUGAACAUGGCUUCAGCAGCGAAAGCCAAGCUGCGUCAGGUGACGCUGCAGAAGGCAAACAGAGACUCACCUCUGCCCUUUAGCCUGCUAGGAGGCAGCGAGAUGGGCUUCGGCAUCUUCAUACACGAAGUGAAGGACAGCAAGGCCACUGAGGCUGGACUCAAAAGAGGAGAUCAGAUAAUAGAGGUUAACGGCCAAAAUUUUGAAAACAUAUCUUACUACAAAGCUGUGGACAUUCUAAGGAACAAUACUCACCUUUCUCUCACCGUGAGGACCAACAUCUUUGUCUUCAAAGAGCUUCAAAAAUGUAUGAGGCAUGACAAGAAGAGCGGAGCCCCCCAGUUUCCUAAAUUUCACGAGAAGAAGGGCAACCGCUUCUCCAUCGCUGAGCUGCCAGGCGACAUGGAACUUCCCACGGACAGCAAGAGUCACAAGAAAAUGAAGGCCCACACCGUGUCGGCUGGACGCAACAAGAUCCGCAAGAUGCUGGAGAAGACCAGGUUCAGCAUUCUACCUCCAAAACCCUUCAGUGAUGUAGGCAUAGGCCAGUCUCAGGAUGACAGCAUUGUCGGCACAAAACAGUGCAGGCACAGUGUAGAUAUCAUGCCCAUCAUGGGCAGUCUGUCCUCCAGCAGCCCUGAUUUACUGCAGCCGACAGCCAGCGCACUCAGCUUCUCAAACUCCACAGAUGUUCCAGAUCAGGUGAUACGUGUUUUCAGAGCAGAUCAACAGAGCUGCUACAUCAUCAUCAGCAAAGACACAACAGCCAAGGACGUGGUCUUGCAUGUAGUUAAGGAAUUUGGCCUCAUCGCUGCUCCUGAGACCUACUCUCUGUGUGAGGUGUCGGUCAGUUCGGAAGGGGUCAUUAAACAGUGUCGUCUACCAGACCAACUCUCCAAACUGGCAAAUCGCAUCCAGCUCAAUGGCAGAUACUACCUGAAGAACAACAUGGAGACAGAGACCCUCUGCUCGGAUGAGGAUGCUCAAGAGCUGCUGAGAGAAAGUCAGAUCAGUUUUCUUCAGCUCAGUACCCUGGAAGUGUCUGCCCAGCUGUCCAUGCGUGACUUCAGCAUCUUCCGGAACAUCGAGUCCACCGAGUAUGUGGACAGCCUCUUCAAGCUGAACUCCAGCACUGGCCAUCUAAAACAGUUUGAGGAUCUUAUCAAUCAGGAGACCUUUUGGGUGGCCACUGAGAUUUUGCAUGAGGCAAAUGCACUAAAGCGCAUGAAGACAAUCAAGCACUUCAUCAAGAUUGCACUGCAGUGCCGCGAGUGCAAGAACUUUAAUUCCAUGUUUGCCAUCAUCAGUGGGCUGAACCUUGCCCCUGUGGCCCGGCUACGAGGUACAUGGGAAAAGCUUCCCAGCAAAUACGAAAAGCUCUUUCGAGAUCUGCAGGAUAUUUUUGACCCUUCACGCAACAUGGCCAAAUACCGCAACAUCCUGAACAGCCAAAGUAUGCAGAUACCGAUUAUCCCGCUGUUUCCUGUGGUUAAGAAAGAUCUCACAUUCCUGCACGAAGGUAAUGACACAAAUGUGGAUGGCCUUGUGAACUUUGAGAAGCUACGAAUGAUUGCCAAGGAGGUUCGCCAUGUUGUGCGAAUGGCCACCACCAACAUGGACCCAGCAGUCAUGUUUCAUCAGAGGUCCUUGAGCCAGGGCAGCACUAAUUCCAACCUACUGGACGUGCAGGCUGGACAUAAGAAGCGUGUGCGGCGCAGCUCAUUGCUAAAUGCCAAGAAACUGUAUGAAGAUGCGCAGAUGGCCCGUAAGGUCAGGCAGUACCUGGCCCAGCUGCAGGUGGUAACGGAUGAGGAGAAGUUCCAGAUCAUGUCUCUGCAGUGUGAGCCAGCCUACAGUACUUUAUCUAAAAACUUGAAUGAAAGGAGGUCCACCAAAUCUGACUCGUCUCCCGUGUUCACACGCUCAUCCUUGACCUCCGGCAAGUCACACAACCGUGUUUCCCAGGUCCUACAGGUUCCCCCUGUCAGCCUCAAUCCCCUGCGGAAGAAGAGCAUUGCCAGAGACCUAAUGACUGCAAACAACUUCGGCUCACCACAGGUGAUGAAGAAAACAUCUGUCUUAGUAGAGGACUACAGCGGAAAGAAGAAUGAGGGCCUCUCCUCCCUUCACUCCAGUCCGAUCGUGUCCCCACAGGGUUCCCUGGGUAAAGUGGACGUGACUGAAUUGCAGGACUGUAGUCAACUGAACCUGCCAGGCUCAAAGUCAUCUUUUGCCAAUGAAGACAAGGUCAAAGUAGGGAACAGAAGCAUGACAGUAGUCAACAACGGUGUCCAAGACAGCUAUGGCAAAGGCAAAUUGGGCAACAUGGAUUCAAGCCACAGUGAGAUUCCUUCACAUUCCAACAUAGUCAGUAACUGCUCAGUAAACUGCUUGCAUUCAACAAGAAAAGCCAGGAGUCAAAUACAGUCAGUAUCACCUCACACUGCCUCAGAAAACUCUCAGCCCUGCACAAGCACUGAGGAGCUAACUCUGCCCAUUUCAGAGGUGGCUGACAGUGGCCGGGGAAGCUGGACAUCGUGCUCCAGCAACUCACACGACAAUUUCCAGAACAUUCAUGUUCAACGCAUGUCAGAUACGAUGAACCACCAACAUCCUCAGAAGGCUGACACUAUCAGAGAGGUGGAUGAUCUUCAGGCCAUAAACAGACAUUUCAGAGAUGGCUCAGAGCUUAGUCAAUCCAGACAGAGCUGGGUUUCUUCCAGUUCAGCCUCAGACAGGUAUGAGGGGAACUAUGGCACCAUUAAAAGCAGAGAGACUGUCAGUGAGCAGCAAAGCACAGACCCAGCAUAUAAAACAGUCACCUCCACCACAGAGAAAGGUCUCAUAGUGUAUUGUGUAACGUCGCCAUGCACAGAUGAUAGGUACAGGGCUCCGCCUCCUACCCCACCUGGUUAUCAAGGGCUGUCAUUGGGGGACAUGCAGGCACGAGAGGGCGGAGCUCUGCGGCCAGCCUACUUAAAGCCACCCAACUAUAGCGUGGCAUUACAAAGAUCCAAGCUGUUGGGUGACGCAUGGAGAAUGUCAGCUGAGCAUCACACCAGCUUCACCAGGCCUGCCAUUGUAGCAGCUCAUGCUGUAGCUAAUAGUGAGGAGGAUGAGCAGAUGUCAGCAGUGUGACUCCAGUGAGAAAUGUAUAAGGGGAAAAAGGGUGAAGUACAGCCCUAUAAGCUGAAACCACUGAUCUUGAACAAAUGCCCCUCAACAACACAAGCAAUGCCAGAUAGACCUUUUUAAUCACAGAACACAAUGGUUUAAAAAAGAAAAAGAAAAAUGGCCUCUCUAAAUCUUAGCAUAUGUGAUUCCUUCAAUUUUGUAUGAUAUUUUGUGGAGCAAAACUUUUGUUCAUUUGGUAAAUGCAUAGUUGUGAUCCAUUGUGCGUAUGUGAGAGGGAGAGAGUAUUUUUGUUGUUGUUUUGAUUUUACAUCUUAAAACGCUUUCCAUAAUAAACUGCCAAAAUAUAAAGGCUUCGCUGUAUAUCCUAAAGAUGUGUGUGCGGUCCUGAAGGUGGCAGCUGUUGAAAUGUUCCUGUUCAAACAUGCAGUGUGUUUUGGUUAUGUUCUAGAUCCUGUUUCAGGAUGUUUGCAUAAUGGAAGUUUACAAGGUUUAUACAGUUUAUAUUUUGUGCCAAUUCACAUAAUUCAUAUUGUUUUAAUUUUGUUCUGAAAUGCCUUAUCUUGAAUGUGUAUCAUAAUUUUGGAUAAAUUAUCUAUGCCUGUGCUUGAUUUUUCUAGACAUAUUCUUGAUAUUGCCUUAUCACUAAUAGCAUCUCAGGCGAUCACGAACGCCAUCUCUUCAUGCAGUUGCUUCAGCUGCUCCACGCACUGCGGACUGUAUGUCAAAUAAACUAAGCUUUAGAAGUUUCUACAUCUGUAAACUAUUAAACUUUUGCUGCAUUUUUGCAGCUGCCUGCAAUGUCACUGUAAAAUUAUACCUAGGUAAAAGUGUUUAGCUUUUAUAUAAUGGAUUCUGAGUGUAUUUUUGUUCUUUACAGUUUGUCUGGACUGUAUUAUUUUACUGUGCCAGGCUGCUAUUUUUUUUUUUUGUACAGCAAUAAGAAAUAAGUAAAUGCGGCACCUAUAACUAAUCUAUAACUAAGUUGUAAAUUAUCAACUAGUUGCUCCUCGUUUUGUAGUAAUUGUUUAUUACAGAGAAGUCUUGCUUGUGAAGAGAUAAUAUAAUGUGUGUGAAUAAUUAUUAGGUAAAUCAG